UACCGUAAUGCAUCGUAUAGGCGCGCAGAGGCCCGAUGAGGAAGGAUGGCGGAGCCUGAGGACGGGAAGCGACGGUCGGUGACUUCUAACGCUGAGUCGGACCAAUCAGGACCUGACGGGAGCCUGGAUAAGGCGAUGCAGACAGAGGGCUCGUGCCUCCUGCGGAGGAUGGAGAUCUGCGUGUCUGAGGCGGAGAAGAGGAGCGGGAGGAACGCGGUGAGCAUGCAGGAGACCUUCACUGUCUACCUGCUGGAGACCAGAUCCAUGGAGGCGAUCGCUGAGGGCCUGAACCCCCCGCCUGACUGCCUGUGGAGGAGGUACAGCGAGUUCGAGCUGCUGAGGAACUACCUGAUAGUCACCUAUCCUUACAUAGUGGUGCCCCCCCUGCCUGAGAAGAGGGCAGAGUUUGUGUGGCACAAGCUUUCUGCAGACAACAUGGACCCGGACUUUGUGGAGCGCCGCAGAAUCGGCCUGGAGAACUUCCUGCUGCGUGUGGCCUCCCAUCCAGUUCUCUCCAAUGAAGAGAUGCUCUACCACUUCCUCACCAAGGAGCACGGCUGGAAGGAGAUGGUGUUUGAGACGGGAUUUCAGGCAAAGGCAGAUUCCAGGCUUAGAGCUUUAAACGCCACCUUCAGGGUGAGGAGUCCCCAUAAACGCUUAGUGGAGAUGAAACAUUACAGCGAUGGACUCCAGUCGCACACAUCUCAGCUGCUCCGAGCACGAACUGUAAGUUCCUAUAGCUCCUGUUCUGUUAGCUCCUGUUCUUAUAGCUCAUGUUCUGUUAGCUCCUGUUCUUAUAGCUCCUGUUCUGUUAGCUCCUGUUCUUUUAGCUCCUGUUCU